AUGACAGCAAAGAAAGACGCGUCUCGCCUCCGGGAGAGGAAGGGAGCGGCGGAUCGGGCCAGUAAGGCGUCUAACCCCGACUGGUUUCAUCUCUCCCCCCGACAGGAACCGGAGAAAGGGCCGGCGUCCGCGGCGGGGAUCCAUGCCCAUGUGGUGGGGGUCGUCUCCGGCUCCGUCGCUGCGGACGAGUCGUCUGACAGCGAAGCGGAGCAGGAAGGCCCCCAGAAACUCAUCCGCAAAGUGUCCACCUCAGGGCAGAUCAGGAGCAAGACGAGCAUAAAGGAAGGAUUGUUGCUGAAACAGACCAGCUCGUUCCAGAGGUGGAAAAAGCGUUACUUCAAACUGAGAGGCCGGACGCUCUACUACGCCAAAGAUGCCAAGUCCCUUAUCUUUGACGAGGUGGACCUGUCGGACGCCAGCGUUGCAGAGUCCAGCACGAAGAAUGUCAACAACAGCUUCACAGUGAUCACCCCGUUCCGUAGGCUCAUCCUCUGUGCGGAGAACAGGAAAGAGAUGGAGGACUGGAUCAGUUCGCUGAAGUCCGUCCAGUCCAGAGAACAUUACGAGACGGCACAGUUUAAUGUGGAACAUUUCUCAGGGAUGCACAACUGGUACGCCUGCUCCCACGCCCGGCCCACCUUCUGCAACGUCUGCAAAGACAGCCUGUCCGGGGUCACGUCUCACGGCCUCUCCUGCGAAGUGUGCAAAUUCAAAGCCCACAAACGCUGCGCUGUCAGAGCCACCAACAACUGUAAAUGGACGACCCUGGCUUCCAUAGGGAAGGAUAUUAUUGAGGAUGAGGAUGGGAUUGCCAUGCCUCACCAGUGGUUGGAAGGCAACCUGCCUGUCAGUGCCAAGUGUGCCGUGUGUGAUAAGACAUGUGGCAGCGUGCUGAGGCUGCAGGACUGGCGCUGCCUCUGGUGCAAAGCUAUGGUGCACACAGCCUGUAUGGACCUGUACCCUCGCAAGUGUCCUCUGGGUCAGUGCAAAGUCUCCAUCAUCCCCCCCACGGCUCUCAACAGCAUCGACUCCGAUGGCUUCUGGAAGGCCACCUGUCCCCCAUCGUGUGCCAGUCCCCUCCUGGUCUUCGUCAACUCCAAAAGUGGAGACAACCAGGGGGUGAAAUUCCUCCGACGCUUCAAGCAGCUCCUCAACCCGGCUCAAGUCUUUGACCUGGUCAAUGGUGGGCCGCACCUAGGUCUGCGCCUGUUUCAGAAGUUCGACAACUUCCGGAUCCUGGUGUGUGGAGGCGAUGGGAGCGUGGGCUGGGUCCUCUCAGAGAUCGACAAACUCAAUCUUCACAAACAGUGCCAGCUGGGGGUGCUGCCCUUGGGCACGGGCAACGAUCUGGCCCGGGUUCUGGGAUGGGGCCCCUCGUGCGACGACGACACCCAGCUGCCCCAGAUCCUGGAGAAGUUGGAGAGGGCCAGCACCAAGAUGCUGGACCGCUGGAGCAUCAUGACCUACGAGAUUAAGAUCCCGCCCAAACACAGCUGCCCCACCACGCCUGAGGGAACCGACGACUGCCAGUUUCACAUUUCAUCCUACGAAGACUCAGUAGCUGCUCACCUCACCAAGAUCCUCAACUCUGAGCAGAACUCUGUGGUCAUCUCCUCCGCCAAGAUCCUGUGUGAAACAGUGAAGGAUUUUGUUGCCAAAGUGGGGAAAGCCUACGAAAAAAGUUCAGACAACACGGAGGAGUGCGACACCAUGUCUCUCAAAUGUGCCAUCCUGAAUGAGAAACUGGACUCCCUCCUUCAGACACUCAACUCAGAGUCCCAGGCUCUACCUUCACUCCUCCCCCACUCCACUCCUCCCAUCGUGGAGGAAGAGCAGGAGGAGGAGGAGGAAGAGGAGGAGGCCAGCGAGGAGAGCCUGACGGAGCUGAAGGAGAAGAUGGAGGAGGAGGAGACGGAGAAGGGAGGACGAGGAGCUCCACACCAGCUGUUUAAGAGCAGGGAGCAGAUGAUGCUCCGGGCCAACAGCCUGAAGAAAGCCCUGAGACAGAUCAUAGAACAGGCCGAGAGAGUGGUGGACGAGCAGAACUCCCAUACAGAGGACACCGAGCUGCCGUCUCCUGUGGAGUUCAGGAAGGACAACGAGGAGGAGAACAGGGACAACGAGAAGGACGAGGACACCAAGGAGCUGGAAGCUGUGACAUCUGCUAAGAGUCCCUGUUCUCCCACGGAGAGGAGAGUGAGUCGCAGCACCCAGUCCUACAGCUCCUUCACCAUCACCCCCUUCACCACCAGCAAGGAGAACCUCCCCGUACUCAACACGCGCAUCAUCUGCCCCGGCUUGCGGGCGGGUCUGGCUGCCUCCAUCGCUGGCAGCUCCAUCAUUAGCAAGAUGCUGCUGGCUAACAUCGACCCCUUUGGUGCCACGCCGUUCAUCGACCCCGACCUCGACUCACUAGAGGGCUACAUGGAGAAGUGUGUAAUGAACAACUACUUCGGCAUCGGCCUGGACGCCAAGAUCUCCCUGGAGUUCAACAACAAGCGGGAGGAGCAUCCAGAGAAAUGCAGGAGUCGCACCAAGAACAUGAUGUGGUAUGGCGUUUUGGGCACAAAGGAGCUUCUGCAGAGAACAUACAAGAACCUGGAGCAGAAGGUCCAGCUAGAGUGUGACGGCCAGUACAUCCCCCUGCCCAGCCUUCAGGGGAUCGCAGUGUUAAACAUUCCCAGCUACGCGGGCGGGACCAACUUCUGGGGCGGCACCAAGGAGGAUGAUAUCUUCUGUGCGCCGUCAUUCGACGAUAAGAUCCUGGAAGUUGUGGCUGUGUUCGGGAGCAUGCAGAUGGCCGUGUCCAGAGUCAUCAAACUGCAACACCACCGCAUUGCACAGUGUCGAACAGUGAAGAUUACCAUCCUGGGGGAUGAGGGAGUUCCUAUCCAGGUGGACGGUGAGGCCUGGAUCCAACCGCCCGGAGUCAUCAAGAUCCAGCACAAGAACAGAGCCCAGAUGCUCACCAGAGACCGGGCGUUUGAGAACACGUUGAAGUCGUGGGAGGACAAGCUGAAGUAUGACAAGCCUCCCUUGCGGCCUCACCUCUACCCGCAGCAGUCUGUGGACCUGGCUACAGAGGAGGAGGCCGGCAUGGUGCAGUUGUGCGCCCGAGCUGCAGAGGAGCUCAUUACGAGGAUAUGCGAGGCUGCAAAGACCAACGGGUUUUUAGAGCAGGAGCUGGCUCAUGCUGUUAAUGCCUCGUCUCACGCCAUCAACAAAACACACCCCAAGUUCCCAGAGAGUCUGACCAGAAUCACAGCCAUCGAGGUGGCCAGCACCGUCAAGGCUCUGUACAACGAGACAGAGUCCCUGCUGCUGGGCCGAGUCUCUCUGCAACUGGACCAGCCAGAAGAGGACCAGCUGUCCAGUGCUCUGCAGAGUGUGGAGCUGGAACUGGGCAAACGAGAGAUCCCCUGGCUCUACCACAUACUGCAGCCUAAUGAUGAAGAGGACCACUCUCUGGGUUACGGCAAGAGGAACAGUCGCAGCAGCAUGUUCCGCAUAGUGCCCAAGUUCAAGAAGGAGAAGGCCGCCAAGAAGACGAGCCCUCAGUCAGGAUCUGGGGAUAUCGAAAGUGGGUCAUAUGAAGAGAAUUCUCCAGGGAACUAAAGACCUGGCCAAGGCCUCUAUGGUUGACCUUUAACCCCGGGAGCAGACACUACCGGAAGAAGGGGAUUCCAAAAAUUCUCCUCACAUCAGUGGAAGAGUUUGGCAACACCGUAAGCAGAGAUUGGGAAGAUGGGUAUUAAAGGAGAGCCGGGGUUUUAAUCCCCGUGCUGAGAUAAAGCCUUUGUGAUGUUGUUACCAAGAGAACAUCGGUGUGUUCGUUUGUGCUUUGGUGCCAAAAUGACAGUCGGGGAAAGCGGACGGAAAUUCAAAAAGGACUUCAUGGAUCUUCACAAGAAAAAAACAAACAAAAAAAGAAGCCAUUUCUAAGUUAAUUACCAUUCAUAGCACACAAUCAGGUAUGCAACUUACCAUACUGUUGACAGGUGACUUGUUGUUUGAGUUGUGAUAACAAACUAGUAGCAAAAACCAGGACUUCCAUCAGCGCGGGGUUUAGCUUCAGUUCGGUGUGUGAACGUGAUGUUUUUGGGGUUUUUUCAGUAGCAUCGCUGAAGGUGGAGGUGUUACAUCACAGUGUGGCCGGUGAUCUGGGAGGCGUGGUGUCUGAACACAGAGGGAUACUGUCGCAUGCUAUGCUUGCUCGUCUUUCGAUAUGUUUAAUUGCAUGAUAAGUGUCUUGAUUUUUCUUCUUUUUUUUUUUUUCGUGUGCAAAAUAACACUUGAACAAGUUUUACAUGACUUAAGUAUUACGAUGCCAUUUGUUACUACUGAAAGCAUCCUUUUUUUUGGGUCUAAAUCCAACUUUUUUUUUUCUUCCUAGCUUUAAUUUAUUUUGUUUGCAUGAUAAUGAUGUGUCAAAAGAUUCGUGUCAAGUGCCAUAUUUUCAGUCAUUUAGUGUAAAAAAAAUGUGCUUUAUUGGUAGAAGUCAUAAGAAUUUUAUUUUUUCUUUCUUUUUAAAGCUGUUGAUGAGGUAUGAAUAUUUGGAAUUAAUAUUUGUAAGUUGACACGUUCUCUGUGGAUGUGAAAUCAGUACCAAAGUGAAUGUCCAAGAAAACAUGAAGACUUUUUUUUUGUUCCAGGUCGCUCCUCUUAAAUGAAAUAGGCCAGUAGGUCUUAGUUCUUAGUUCCAUAUAAGGUCGGAAGGCGAUCAGUGUCGGUCUGAAGCAGCCGGCCACGUUAACUGUUAGGGUUUGCAGAGUUUUUUUAAGGAAUACUUAAAAGGCACUUUCUACUUCUCGCUUCAUGCAAGCGCAAAUGCUCAUAUCAUUACAUAGAAGUAACGGUUCACCUCAACUUUUUAACUUUUGGCAAUUUAACACAGUAUUUAAACGCUAAGGAGAAUAGCAGUUAUAGAUAUCGGUUUUGAAUAUGUAAUAGAGCAGUUGAUCUGCAGCCUGCGUAGCAGCGUUCAAGUGCAGCUUUUUCUUAUUUUUUUUUCUCCUAAUUAAGAGUGAGACGUUGAUAGAAACACUACUUUUAACUGUUAGUUUCUUUUAAGACUGGUGGCAUUACAGGGUAUAUUUCUAUUUGUGAUGCUAAGUUUGUAUAUACAUAUAUGCACUGUAUAUAUAUAUACCAGUGUAUGCAAACCAUGUUUGUAAAGUGUUGUAGUCUAAUGCGUUUGUAGAUUGCUGACAUGGCAUGCAUUGUCAACAGCUUACACAUUUGAUUGUGUAUAUUACACCAUAACAAUUGUGUAUUGUUGAUUUUUUUGGUUCUAAUCUCUUGUACAUGAUAAUGCUGUUGUAUUCUAAUGAUGGUGCAAUAUUUUAUCUCUUGUUUUGAUACUGUCUCUGCAGCUUUCUGACAUGAUGUUUAUCAGUGGAGGGGGAAAAAAACAACCUUGAAAGAGUUUUUUUGUACACGUACUCCUCCCCGAGGUUUGGGGAUUAGAUUUUAAAAAGUUAACCCCCCCACCCGUAGACAGAGAGCUUUUUUUCUUAUGGACUCCAGAUUUCUUCCAGCGGUUUCACUCGUUUGUAGUUUUGCUCCUCUGUGCUUCCAGGAUGAGACACUAAAGUAGGACAGUGUCAGCGAAUGAGUAGAAUGGGCAGACAUGACUGUUGUGUUUACACGUAAUAUGUAUCACAAUGUAUCUGUGCGUGUUUGGGUGUGUCUACUACGACAGUGGCAUAUUUUAACCUUUAUCAGCAAUUGUAUACUUACUAUUGCCAACUAAUUUUAUCAUGUCAUUUUCCACUCUGAUAAUCCCCCCCCUUUUGG